AGGAUGUCCUUACAAUGCAUUCAUCAGUCUAUCAUCUCUCAGUAUUAAUUCUUUUGUUCUGAGUAAUUCUCCUUUUAAACCCUGACCAUGUGAGACUGACUGCGGGUGGAAAGGAAAACUUCUCACAAUGAUGGAUUUAUUUUACCGGGAAUCAAAUUACUGUCUCUUCUUUUUUUCCUAAAAAGGAAAUCUGACUUGGACUGAUUUUGUUUCAGGGUUAACCAAAGAUUGUUUUUGUUUUUUUAUUUCAGUUCUUAUUUUUCUGGGUUAAGGAAAAAACGCGGACUGUACAAUGAAGCAGUCAGCAAUCAGAUUAAAAACCUUGGAAAGUGAGGUGUAGAAGAAUGACGGGACUUAAUCAGGACCCCUUGUGCACAGAUGUGACCUCUGACCCCCGGAAUAAAAAGUUUGCAGAUUCUUUGAAAUGUGGGCAUACUCAGCUCAGCUGACAUCAAACCAGACAUUCAGACUUUUUCACAUUUCGUUUCUUUCUCUUCUGACCACCAUGCCUCUUUAAAGCUGUGUGAACAUGACGCUCCUGCAGCAUUAGGUUAAACAAUGCCGAUUGCAACAGCUGCAUUGAUGAGCCGCAGUAGCUUGGAAACCAUUGGGAAUGACAUUAAAUCUGACAGAAGUGGGCCACGCAGAGAGAGGAUGAUGAUGAUGCUGAUGUGGAUUACGCUCUCCAGCUCACUGUGCCUGAUGGUUGAGGGCCAGAUGAAGAUCCCACCAGAAACUGUGCAGCAGUGGGCCGUGUCCUUCGGAAAAGAGCUAAAUGCUUUGUCCAGCAAAUACUCUGGAGCAAAACUUCUACAGAAGAAAUACAAGGAUGUGGAGGGCAUGGUGAAGAUGGAGGAGGUGAACGGUGAAGAGCUGGUAAAGAAGUUUGCAGAGGAAAUGGAGGAGAUGCUUGGGAGGAAAAUGAAAUCAGUUAAGAGAUUAGCAGAAGCAGCAGAGGAUGCUGAUCUUGGCCACGAGUACAAUGAAACACUAGAGUUUGACUACUUUAACUCCCUGCUGAUCAACACUGUGGAUGAAGAAGGAAAUCCGAUACCGCUUGGAGGAGAAUUUCUCUUGGAGGAAAAUGAACAUUACAAUAAACUUUCAGUCAACACACAGCAGAGUAAUAUACAAGUCCCAACAAAUGUUUACAAUAGAGAUCCUGACAUUCUUAAUGGGGUCUACAUGUCUGAGGCACUAAACGAUGUUUUCAUUGAUAACUUUCAGAAGGAUCCAACUCUCACCUGGCAGUACUUUGGCAGUGCCACUGGGUUUUUCAGGCUUUAUCCAGGAAUCCAGUGGAUUCCAGAUGAAAAUGGUGUGGUGACCUUUGACUGCCGAAACCGAAACUGGUACAUACAGGCAGCCACUUCUCCUAAAGACGUGAUCAUUGUGGUGGAUGUCAGUGGCAGCAUGAAGGGUCUGAGACUGACGAUAGCCAAGCACACAAUUAAUACAAUCCUAGAUACUCUGGGAGAAAAUGACUUUGUUAACAUCAUUGCUUACAGUGACUAUGUUCGCUAUGUGGAACCUUGUUUCAAGGGCAUUCUGGUACAAGCUGAUCUGGAUAAUAGAGAGCACUUCAAGUUUUUGGUGGAUGAGUUACAAGUCAAAGGGGAGGGCAAGGUUAAGAAUGCAAUGAAGGAGUCUUUCAAGGUCCUUAACGAGGCUGCUGCACAGGGGCAGGGCAGUCUGUGCAACCAGGCCAUCAUGCUGAUAACAGACGGAGCAAUGGAGGAUUUCAAGGAUGUUUUUGAGGAGUUUAACUGGCCAGAGAGACGGGUUCGAGUGUUCACUUAUCUAAUUGGCCGGGAGAUGACAUUUGCUGAAAAUGUUAAAUGGAUUGCCUGCAACAACAAGGGUUAUUACACACACGUGUCCACACUAGCUGAUGUUCAGGAAAAUGUUAUGGAAUACCUCCAUGUUCUCAGUCGACCAAUGGUUAUCAACCAUGACCAUGAUAUCAUCUGGACAGAGGCCUACAUGGACAGUGUGCUGUUCAACACUCAGGCACAGAGUUUGCUCCUGAUGACAUCAGUGGCCAUGCCUGUUUUCAGCAUGAAAGAAGAGACCCUGUCUCAUGGGAUUUUGCUGGGUGUGGUAGGAACAGAUGUGGCUUUGAGAGAAUUGAUGAAAUUAGCUCCAAGAUACAAGCUCGGUAUCCAUGGUUACGCCUUCCUCAUCACCAAUAAUGGCUACAUCCUGUCUCAUCCAGAACUGCGACCUCUGUAUAAAGAGGGAAAGAAGCUGAAGCCUAAACCAAACUAUAACAGUGUUGAUCUAUCAGAGGUGGAAUGGGAAGAUACUGAAGUGAAACUAAGGACAGCCAUGGUCAAAGGAGACACUGGAACACUGUCUUUAGAUGUGAGGUCUUCAGUGGAUAAAGGACGGAGAGUGAUCUUCUUAAAGAAUGAUUACUUUUACACCGUCAUAAAUGAGACGCCAUUCAGUCUUGGAAUAGUCUUGAGUCGAGGUUAUGGAGAGUAUAUCUUUACAGGAAAUGUCUCUGUAGAGGAAGGUCUUCAUGAUCUAAUGACUCCAGAUCUGACCCUAGCCAAUGAGUGGACCUAUUGUGAGAUAGAUAUUGACCCAGCGCACCGUAAACUGACUCAGCUGCAAGCUGUGAUUAAAUACCUGACUGGGAAGGAGAAAGAUCUGCGCUGUGAUGAGCAGUUAUUGCAACAGACUCUUUUUGAUGCUGUGGUUACAGCUCCUAUGGAGGCAUACUGGACCGCUCUCAUGCUAAACACAUCUGGAGUGGAAGAUGGUAUUGAGACCGCUUUCUUGGGGACUCGCUCCGGCUUGCAGAGGUUCCUGAAGUAUAGUGGUAUUGAAAAAAGAGUUGGAAAGUCUUUCCUGACCUCCACAGAUAAGGAGAAUAUGUUCACACUGGACCAUUUCCCAGUGUGGUACCGCAGAGCAGCAGAGUACCCAGCAGGACAGUUUUUGUACUACAUGCCCAGACAGGAUACAAGAGCAGGAAGAAUUGUGAUUAGCGCCACUGCUGUGACUGUGACAGUAGGAAAGAAAACCACCAUUGCCGGAGCUAUUGGGAUUCAGAUGACUUUGGAGGUGCUUGAAUCCAAAUUUAGAGCCAUUGCUGCACAGCCAAAUGACACAGAUUGCUCCACUGUGGAAGGGGUUUGUCCUCUUCGCUGUGACAGUUUUGACAUUGAGUGCUACGUUAUUGACAAUAAUGGCUUUGUCCUAAUUUCUAAACAACGGAGUGAUGCAGGAAGGUUCUUCGGCGAGACGGACGGAUCAGUGAUGACCACACUGAUUCAAAUGGGCAUGUUUAAAAGGGUGUCCUUGUUUGACUACCAGGCCAUGUGUAAGACCAACUCUCACUCUGUCAGCAGCGCCCGUCCUCUUCUCAGCUCAUUUUACGCUUUGGCUUCGACCUUCAAGUGGUUCCUCUCUAACUUCCUACUGUUUCUACUGGAGUUCAAUUUCUGCAGCUUCUGGCAUACGGAGCCUUUUGCUGAUGCAAAACCAUCCUUCAGUCGCUCCUAUGUUCCGAAGAAAAAAUGGAACCCAUUGCAGCCAUGUGACACCGAGUACCCAAGCUUUAUUCAUGAGCCGUCAGUCAAGGAGACUAACAGCAUUAUUAAAUGUGGACGGUGCCAGAAGAUGUUUGUAGUGCAACAAAUACCAGAAAGCAACCUGCUGAUGUUGGUGGUCCAAGGAGACUGUGACUGUUCCAGACAGUAUCCACCCAUCACCCUGGAGCCUAAAGAGGUCAAAUAUAAUGCAUCGGUGAAGUGUGACAGGAUGCGGUCCCAGAAGAUCCGUAGACGUCCUGAGUCAUGCCACGCGUACCACCCACAGGAGAAUGCGAACGACUGCGGGGGGGCGUCGUUUAUACGUCUGUCAGGCCUCCUCCUCCUCCUCUGCCUCUCAUGCGCUUUACUUGUUUUAUGAUGCCACAAAACUUUGCUCUCAAUAUGUAAACAGGUUUGCACACAAAUCACCUCAAGUGGACCUUUUAGGAAGCAGAUUCAACACAUUUCUUCAGUAUGCAAACCAGGAGGGAACUUUAUAUAGAUUGUGAAGAUAUGUUUUACUGCUAAGAAUUAAAACAUCCAAAUAUCACCUUUUUACUACCUGAAUUUUACAGCACUAUAUAUUUUUCUCAAUAACCCAUUUAGAUAUACAAGAUAAAUGGUAUACUGCAGAUAUAAAUAUAGGUAUGGUGUGAACUUACGACAGGCAUAUUUGGGCAAAAAAAAGUUUCCUGUUGUCACUUAAGUAGCAGAUUUAUUAAUGCUGUUAUUGCAAAAGAACAUUUUGAACUGGGGUUAAAACAAGUAUGUUGUGAGUCAUUAACAGAGCAUUUCAAAUACAGCUUAAUGCUAUGAAACUACAAGCAGAAAUCAUUUUAAGCUUAAUCGCUUGAUGGUGGGAAAGUGUUAACAAUACAGUUCCUGUAAAAGAACUUAAUGUUUAAAGACAUUUGGGUUCUUAUUAGAGAUUAAAAAGUACAACCAGGCAAAUCUCUGAAGAGUAGAAUCAGCUCAGUGGCUCAGAUAGGUGGAAAAAUGAGAAAACUGCGGUGUAUUUUUCAUCUGAUAUAUGUGAGCUUUUAUCAGUUUCACUCCAAAAACUGUAUAUCCAUCUAUCUUUUUGUUUUGAGCUGUGCCUUUCUGCUGUAUAAAUAUAAAAAGUGCAUAUAGUAUAAUUUUCCCCUACAGUGUAUUAACCUCAACCAGUAAGCAUAUAUAUUACAGAUAUAUGAAAGGAACCUUUAAGUUUCACUCAAACUUUUAGUCUCUUUAGAUUCUGGGCAGCUUUUAUUUAAUUUAAAACAUUUUUUAGUUGAAAUGACAAAUCAAAUUUUGUUUAUUUAUCAUACACAUUAUGUGUGCAUCACAACAAUACGCUCUGGUGAAGAGUUUAUCAAACAUAAUUCAAUCAUCUGUCUUGUUUGUGUUGUUAGUGAUUCCUUUACAGAUGUAUCUGUAUAUUCAAUGUUUAGCCACAGUAACUGGAGCCAUGUUUUGUACACUGUUAAUUAAAUUCAUGUAGUUUUGUAUUCUUUUUGCUCUUAUGUUUUGGGUGUUUCCCACCUUUUCUGAAAUAAUUAACUAUUAUUUACACUAAGUAAGAUAGAAUAGAUUUGGCAGAGAAACAAAUUGUUUUUAGAUUUAAUACUAGUAUAAGAAUUUGCUGAAGUUUUUGGAGGUUGAAAUAAAAAAGGGAAAAGAUGGACACAUUUCUAGAGGACUUUUUAUAGUGAGACACCUCCUGAGGAAGGAGGAGAGAAGACUGGACCUGGAAGAUUCAUCCAUUCAUCAUCUAAUCCAACUUAAACGUGCAGAAUCACGGAAAGGCGGACAGGUUCCACGCCUGGGAUAUGGCAACACAAACAGGACAAACAACAAAGCUGAACAGGAGGAGGAGAAUCUUUGGAAUAUCGCCUGAACAGAUGUGAAAGAUUUCUAAGGCAGAGCCUCACAACCCUAGAUCUAUUGGAAACAUAUUUAGUCCAAAGACAGAUGGAGACACAUCAUUCAAAGACGUCCCGGUCCUCUGAAGCUAUGAGCCGAGACUCCCCGUGAUGCAAAGUGAAGAACGAUUCUGGUUUCAGUCCCUUCUGUUUCAAGGCCUCUCUGAGAC